UUUUUUUUUAAAUUAUCUGGCUGGCCUAACUAAGUGUUAAAUCAACGAUGAGUCAACCAAAUAAACAACAUUCACCGAAAAAACAUAAAUCAAAUAAACCAAAAUCAGCACCGGUCAAUAAUAAUCCACGGUGUAUGAAAUUUCCCGGUUUAGCAUUAAGUACAAAAAAUAGUCAACAACGUGAACGUUUAAUGCAAACAAUCGCAAAAGCAUUUAAUAAAGAAGAUUCAUAUUCGGAUAAAUAUGUUCGUAAUUUAUUAAUAAAAAAUUCACCAUGUACAAGUGAUAAACGUAGUAGUGAACAACCACAACAACAACAACGUCAACAACCAAAACAUACACCAAAAAAAUGUCCACCAAAACAUCGUGCACCAUUCGUAUUCAAAUUAACAAAAUCAAUGAAAGAAGAAGCAGCUAAACAAUGUGAUUAUUUACAACAAAAAGUACAAAUAAAAUCUGUUUCAGAUCAAUUAACAGUAGUGCCGGUUGUACAGAAUGCAAACGAUCAAGAUAAUGAUACGGAUGAUCAACAUAAUGAUAAAGAUAGUGAUGCUUAAUACCAAAUACAACACACAAAAAAAAACAAACAACCAAACCUAAAUGAGAAAAAAACUUAAAAACAAAAAGUAAAUUAAUCAAC